AUGGCAAGUUGCAGGCCAUUAGGGUUUCUACUAGGGCUGCCCUUUGCUUUUCUUAGUUUACUUCUCUCCCUCAUCGGGGCUAUCAUUUGGAUUAUUGGGUCAAUAUUCAGUUGCCUGUGCCCCUGCUGCGCAUGUUGUGUUCCAAUAGUAGAUAUGGCAAUGAGCAUUGUGAAGCUUCCCGUGACAAUAAUUCAAUGGUUUAUUGAUCUUAUUCCUUGUUGA